AUGUCUACCACUUCCACCUUCAAGAAGGGUGGCUCUAGGUCCAAGCAACAAGCAAGGACACGUAGCAGAUGGAUCCUGAGGCUAUGGAAUCAACGAAAUAAUUCCGAUACGUGUAGCUCUCAAGCUGUUUCUACUACAGAGUAUGACGCGGAUUCCGUAGGUCUUGAGCUAUCCUUCCCUGCGAGAUCAUCCCCUUCCUCGUCAUUGACAGCGAUAGACUCGCAGGAACAACAUCAUCCCCACCUAUCAGUCGUGCCAUCGAUCUCCAGCCUUGCUGCACCAUCCGGUGAUGAGACUGACACUCCUGAUAAGGACCACGUGUCAGCCUCGAGCUGUUCGCAUGUCGCUAGAAAUAUAUCAGAGAUUGCCGAACGAGAGGUUACCACAGUUGCGAGUUCAUCGAAUCCCGCAUCGUAUGCUUCGGCGGAAGCUAUCGAACAAGACGUCUCUCGACAAUUGGUCUCCCAUAGCGAUAACUCUUCAAGGGGCUACCAAAUCUCUCCCUCUCCUAGGGUUGGGGAUGAUGAUUCGGGUGUCGCCACUAGCAUCCCACACAUCGUGGUCUCAGAGGACAUAUCGCCAAGAGCCGCAGAGGCAUCGCAGCCUACAACCCGUGUUAUGCGCAGCUCGCAGACUCCGUUGUGUUUACCAACACCGGAAGCCACAACCAGCGAGGCGGUCGCUCAGGUUGCGGAAUCUAGCGAAUCAAUAUCCCUGCCCCGAAGGAGUGCUGUGAACCACACAUACGACUGGUCUACGGAUCAGAGGGAGUUCGAGGAGUGCAUUCCAUCUCAUAUCGGACAUUACAACAGGAAGACGCAUAUAGAUGAAAUGACUGUAGCCGAAUUCACAGUACCCGCUAUGCAAACUGACUUCAACACAUAUAGACCCAUUUUGCCUCAAACGGAAGGGGAAGAAGUUUUGACUGCAGGCUGGACGAAGCACACGCAUUCAGACGGUAAGCCGUAUUUUUAUCAUGAUCAUGAUAAAAUAAUCACUGAGGAGUGGUUGUACGACAGAGCCAUCGCCGAGAGGAUAUCCAGAUACAUCAGCAUACUUAAUGAUGCCAUUUCGAAAAGGUCCGAGUCUUUCGGUCGCGUCAAGUCCUGGCAUCUAUAUGUAGAAAUCACGGAGCCUGCGCGGGAAAAUGAUAAUUGCACUCGUUGCAGAUAUUAUUUUGUCAACCACGAUGCGGAGUGCAUCUUCUGGCUUUCUCAGUGCCCACUGGAUGGUUAUCUUUGGGAGCUCAGGGGAGAUAUAAGCCCGGACUUGAUUCGCAGGUUCCUACAAAGAGAAUACUGGAACCAUCAUUAUUUUUUCAGCGAACUUCACCUACUCACGAAAGCGCAAUGGAAUUCCGUCCAAAAAACUAUCUUGCUCGCUGAAGCAGAUGUGACCAUGUCCGACACUUCAACGGUGGCUUGGAGUAUUGAAAAGCUGAAGAAUAUGAGUGAAAGCAUUAUCAAAGCAGAAAGUAAGGUAUCGCACUUUAGUCAAGACGUUACCAUCAACGGAAUUCUUUUCUCAGAACUAGACGUGUCCGAACCUUCAGCAUCGUGCAUGGCGUCCCUAUUACAUGACCAAAUUCUCAACUAUGUUGGACAACGGGAUGUUCGAACUAAUCGAGAUGAAUCGGUUUAUGGAAAUGACUAUAGCGGUAGGGAGCCCACCGUUCCAUUCAGGAUAAUGAACCUCCUGCUGUUCUACGCGCCGAUUAAACACUAUAUUUUUUUGAACAAGAUCUGGGUGGAUAGAAUUAUUUCAAGGGGCCAAUGGCAAUACCUCAUAGAGCAAACUACGAAUAAAUGGCAACAGCACGUCGGACUGGCCACAAUCCUUCUUGCGGUUAACAUGGGUUUUCUCGCUAUACCUUCAGUCGACAAGAUGGUUGAGACACAAACUCUAUGUUAUUUAUCUGUCGCCAGUAGCAUGGGUACUAUCGUCAUCGGCCUUUUACUUGUAAACCACCAUAAUUCCAUGAAGGAUGUCAAUGUUGGCGUCGUGGCGUCUUUCCUUGAACGGCACUGGCAACUGGAUCUAGGAUUUGAACGAUUGUCGAUCAUGUACAGCAUCCCUUAUGCUCUUCUUAUGUGGGGGUAA